UUUCCCCUCUUCUUCUUCUUCAACCUAAUAUUUUAAUUCCAUUUUCUUUCUCCAAAUGGGACUUUCAAUCUUCUAAUAUUCAUCCAUGGCUACUCUCUCUCAACCCAUUUCUAAGCUUCCUCUUCCGCCGCCACCGCUGCCGGAGACCCAAGCGGACGGCGGUUUGAGUUUAGACAACGAAGUAAGUCCCACAAUUCUCUUAGCCAUAAUCAUCCUCGCCAUAAUCUUCUUCUUCUCCGGCCUCCUCCACCUCCUUCUCCGAUUCCUCCACAAGCCCCAAAUCAGAACUGACCCAGAAGAUUCCGCCGUCGACGGCGGCGCCUCUGCCUUCCAGGGUCAACUUCGGCAGCUCUUCCACCUCCAUGACGCCGGCGUUGACCAAUCUUUCAUCGAUACUCUCCCUGUUUUUCUCUAUAAAGCCAUAAUCGGCUUGAAAUUAGACCCAUUUGAUUGUUCUGUUUGUCUCUGUGAAUUUCAGCCUAACGAUAAGCUCCGAUUGUUGACGAAAUGCAGCCAUGCUUUUCAUAUGGAUUGCAUCGACACUUGGCUUUUGACACAUUCAACUUGCCCUCUCUGCCGUGCGAGCUUAGUUUCUGAUUUCGCCGCCAUUAAUGGCGGAUUUUCGUCUCCAAUUGUUGGGGUUCUUGAAUCUGCAAGUAACAGUUCGAGAGAAAUUGGGGAAAUUCACACCGGUUCCUUUCUGGGUUUUCUUGGGGAUACAUCUAAUUUUACUGAAUUGAAAACAGAGGAACGUCCGGCUACGGCGGCAGAGACGGUGGUUCCGAUUAAAUUGGGGAAGUUUAGGAACUUGGAGAGUAAUGGAGAAGGGAGUAGUAAUAAUGGCAAUGUGGGUUCCAGGAGGUGUUUUUCAAUGGGGUCAUUUGGGUAUGUAAUGGAUGAGAAUUCGUCUCUGCAAGUUCCGAUCAGGACGCCGGCGGUAAGGAAACCGGCGAGGAAGAAGAAGGAUCUGCCAUUGACGCUGGGGAACAGAGCGGCAAUAUCGGAAUGCGAUUGCGAAUCGAGACGAGAGUUUAAUUUCAAUGAAUUGGAUCAGAGAGUUGAGAGUUUUGGCCAUGGGAAGUCGAAGGAGAGCUGUGAAGAGAAAGCUGCCAGCGGCGGCGGUGACAGCGAUGGAGUGGCGGUGACGGAUUUGGCCAGAAGGGCGUUUUCGUUUCAUUUUCCGGCGAAUUGGAACCGACCCAGAUCGGAAAAUGGGAUGGGAAUGAUGGAUGAAGAGAAUCAGAGAAGAAACAGUUUGGAAUUUUUUGAGAAUCGGCCGUCGUUUGUGAGAAGAACGUUACAAUGGCUGAUGGGGAAGAACAGCAAUAGGAUUGUUCAUUCAUCUUUUACACCUAAUGACGAUGAUGAUCAUUCUUGAUUUCUUUUUUUUUCUUUUUUUCUUUUUUUUUUUUUUUUUGAGGUUUUUAGCCAAUUUCAAUGAGGACUUUAAAUUUGAUUGGUGAAAUCACGAGUCAAAGUUUUUUUUAAGUACAAUCAAUGAAAUAGUAAAUUUAAAAUUGAAACAAAGUAGUGUAUGUUAAUUAUGGUUUGAUAAAUUGAAGGAUUUUAUCUAUGAAUGAUGA